CGCGCUGAUGACGUAUUUCCUGUCCCGGUAGCGGCGGGGGACGCGUUCGAUCGGCCGCCGCGAUGGGGGGAGGAGAUCUGAACCUGAAGAAGAGCUGGCACCCGCAGACGCUGCGCAAUGUGGAGAAGGUGUGGAAGGCGGAGCAGAAGCACGAGGCCGAGAGGAGGAAGAUCGAGGAGCUGCAGCGGGAGCUGCAGGAGGAGCGGGCGCGGGAGGAGAUGCAGCGCUACGCCGAGGACAUGGGCACCGUGCGGAAGCGUGAGGAGAAGCUGGAGUGGAUGUACCAGGGCCCUGGGGGGAUGGUGAACAGGGAUGAGUACCUGCUGGGCCGCCCUGUGGACAAGUUCAUCCUGGACAAGGUUGGGGACAAGGACCCUGCUGGCCCUGGGGACACGGGGCUCCUGCCUGGCUCCAUCUUUGCCAGGGCUGGGGCCAGCUCCGUGCUGGACAUGGCCACCAAAAUCAGGGAGGAUCCUCUCUUCAUGAUCAGGUGGGUGGCAGACACAGUGCUGAGUUAUUCUUGCUGUUAGAAAAUCAAAUAAGUGUGGUGCGGUUUAAUAGAGCAAAUUAAAAUG